AUGACGUUCCCCUUUCCCCUUGCCCCUUGCACUUCCAGAACGUGGCGUCCACGGAACGGAUCGGCUCCGGAACGAGUCGUCACGACUCAUUUAAUUGAUCGCGGCGGACAAUCGGAGAAAUGGACACGGAAGACGGAAGGGAUCGGCUCCGGAACGAGUGCCGUCGCGACUCAUUUAAUUGAUCGCGACGGGCAUGAGAUGGAUCGGCUGCGAACGAGUGGCGUCGCGACUUAUUUAAGUGAAGAUAGCGACGCGGGAAGUGUUGCAUCGAGGGAGCUGACAAUAGUGACAAUCCGAGAGGACAGCCUGAGAGGAGGAGGGGACCUGGGAGAGGCAUCGGGCGCCAGCGGAACAACUUUGCG